AUGAGCCGGGGUGUCGCCGACAAUAGAGACCCAGACGACGCCAAUCUCCCCUCCCAGUCCGGUCCGAUCACAUCACAGGGCCGCGCCAAUGGCAUCUCCGUGCCACCACCGCCGUCUACCGACAUGCUCGCACAGAAUCCCCAGUCGUCUGCGCCUAAUGGUGCACCAUCCUCGCCCAACGGCAUCCAGCAGCCAAACGAGCCUCGCGAGCGCUCACCCGGCCCGCGCCUCGAGGAAAUGGCGACCACCUCGGAAAGCGAUAUGGAGUUCCCGGACGUGGAGGAUAUGAGCAGGUUUAUUAGAUUAAGUGGAGAUUUUGGGUUUGGACAUGGUCGUUCACACGAUUCGAAUGAAGUAUUUGAUCCCGACCUGCGUCGUGUCAAGGUGUACGAACUAAUAGGUUCUCGUUGGACCGACCGUGGAACCGCGUUUUGUUCGGGUGAAUAUGACAACGAGACUGAAGAAGCGCGUCUUAUUGCGAGAGCAGAGGGAACGCACGAGGUCAUUUUGUGCUGUAUGAUUCGCACAGCGGACAUCUACCAAAGGCAGCAAGAUACGUUAAUUGUGUGGACCGAACUAGAUGGCACAGAUUUCGCGCUCAGCUUUCAGGAUGUUGAGGGUUGUUCAGAAGUUUGGGAAUUCAUCACCGAGGUGCAGAAGCAUCUCAAUUGCAGAGGUAUGACUGAAAUAUAUGACUUUGAAGUCUAUCCUUCGCUCCGCGACAGUGAUGACUCCAUCAUUUUAUCCCCCGUAAUCUCGAACUUUGAUCAUGUCCCAACCACCGCUGCUCAGAUCGUCCAGUCUGGCCACCUUCCUCCUCCCAGUCCUGAUGCCGGUUUUAUCACAGAAAUCGAGAAGGCAAUGCGGAACAUGGCGCGUUCGCCGAAAUCUCGAGAGCAGAUAUGCAAUUACAUCCAGGAGAAUAGAUAUAUCCACCAGUUACUUGAAGUGUUUGAAGCUGCGGAGAAGGCUGAAAACUUGGACGCGUUGCAUGCAUUAUGCAGCUGCAUGCAAACUAUCCUUCUUCUCAACGAGCACACGAUGUACGAACAUAUUCUUUCUGACGAGUUAUGGAUGGGAGUAGUGGGCAUGCUUGAAUAUGAUCCAGAAUUUCCCAAGUUCAAAGCGAACUAUCGGGAGUUUCUUCUCCAGCGGUCUCAUUUUGUCCAGCCCAUUACGAUCCGAGAUGAAGCCAUUCAGCGAAAGAUUCAUGCCACGUAUCGACUGCAGUAUCUAAAGGACGUGAUCCUUGGCCGUGCGCUUGAUGAUUCGACCUUCAACGUGCUCAACUCGUGCAUUAUAUUCAAUCAGAUGGACAUCAUCAAUCACAUAAUGCGGGACGAGCCCUUCCUAGCCGAACUUGUCUUUUUAUUCAUCAAGCCCACAGGGACGAAGGGGAAGGAGAGGGAGAAAGACAGUGAUAUGGAGAUUGACAAGCCUUCCGAGGCUACAACUGUGAAUGGUGUAGUAGCCUCCUCCGCUGGCCCUUCAUCCUCUCCGCAAGCGAGUCAUUCGGACGAGUCUACUGAUGUAGAGCGGAAGAAGGAAGUCAUUCUUCUCCUUCAACAGCUCUGCAUCAUGGGCAAAAACGUGCAACUCCCUACCAGAAUCAACCUCUUCCGAACCUUGGUAGAGCGUGGGGUACUCUAUGCGGUCCAGUGGGCAUUAUGUAGGACAGAGAAGCAUAUCAUUUUUUCGGCCGGGGAAAUUCUCUCGGUCUUACUAGACCACCACGCGCUGAGCAUACGAAAUCACAUACUGACUCAGGGUGUAGCUCUCAAACAGCCAACGGGGAACUUCGAGACCUUGAUGAAUCAGGAAAACUCCGAGAUUCCAGAUGUCACGGGAGGGAGUCCGCCACCGUUCAAGGAAACGCUCUCACAGGUCUUAUGUCGAAUGAUGGCAAAUAGCCAGGAUCUUGCUCUCCAAACACAAUUCGCAGAUGCCCUUAGAUUGCUUGUUGAUGUACCAGCUAUGGAACCGCAACGUCCUCCAGAAGUCCAGAACGGUGUUGUUGGGCUGCCUAUGCAAAACACGUACUUAAAUCGACCGCUAAGGGACGACCACGCCAUUGAACGCUUCCUAGACAACUUCUAUAAAACUUGCAUUGAAACAUUAAUGCGACCACUCACUCACGACGUUCCUGAUCACCACGAGCUGAAAGAUGAACCCUAUUCACCGUCACGGGAGCGAGGCAACUUAUAUCUUUAUUUGUGUGACCUCCUAUGUAGCUUUGCCAUCCAGCAUUCAUUUCGGAUUUACUUCUUCAUCCUCUCAUCCAAUGUCUUUUCCCGCAUUGCUUCGUUAUUAAGCGUAAAAGACAAGCAUUUAUGUCUUGCUGCACUCCGAUUUUUUCGAAUAUGUCUCAAGAUGAACAACCGCAAUCUCUUCAUUCACAUGCACAAGCACGAUUGUUUCACUCCUAUAUGCAAGCUGACCAUACGAGAGGCGAGGCGAGAGAACUUACUUAGUUGUACUUGUCAAGAGUUCUUUGAAUUUAUGCGGAGGGAAAAUCUAAGGGAACCUAUUAAUUUCGUAAUGGAGAAGCACGAAAGCGACGUUCGAGAACUUGCGAAGUCGGCUCUUGGUUCUGCUACGUUCCAGGGCUUCGUCGCUCGUUGGGAGAUCAACAAGGAACCGCUUCCGCCAGAAGUUGUUCCUGAAAAGAGGCAACACAUAAUGAUUCCUCGCAUUCCGGGUCAACGUGUUAUGGAAUCAGAGGAAGACGAUUCGUAUUUCAACAGUGAUGACAACGAGGAGGACAACAUCGUACCUGUUCCUAGAGUCGAUUCUUCGCUCUUCGGCUUGUUCCGGCGGAAACGACAACGUAUAAGCACUCCUGGUCCUCAUGCUCAGAUGAACAAGGGUCAACGAUUGAUGAGCGUACCUUCGCAAAAUCGACCUGUUUCGCCGUUAUCAUCGUUAUUAGAGUAUGACGACGAUGAAGAAAUGCCGCCCUUGUCUGAACAAAUCCGAUCGGAGAAAGAGCCUCCGGCACCUCGACCACCUAUACUUCCGCCUAGGCAGAUCCAGAUCUUGCCAUACGAGCCUAACGCUAACGAUUCUGAACCUUCGGAUCCGGAAGAUGAGUUGUUAGAGUCGCUGGUUUCGAAAGACGUUGAUGAGAAGCCGCCACCACCCGAUGUUCAAAAGGGACCGCCAGCGACGACACAGGCUCAGGUACCAGAGAAGCGACGUCGUGGAGAGGAAGAGGAAGAUGCGUUUGAGAGACUUGCACCGAAGAAUCGGAGACUAAGCAACGCGUCGGACGAGGCCUCGCAAGUUGCUGCUGCGAAAGUACGGGCUGCUGCCGCUGCCGAGACGACCAGGAAGGCAGGUGAGGAAGGAGGACCGAAGAAGUUGAAACUCAAGUUCAGCGCUGCUUCUAAAUCAUCUCCUUUGUCGGAAACGAGGACAUCCGUAGCAGCCAAGAAAACUGAGGUGAAGGAUGGCACUGGGAACGGCUAG